AUGUCCCUGGAAUCAAGCUUUAUGUCAUCAUCGUCUAUCUCAUCGAUCGCCGGACUUCGGCAACCAGCCCAGUUCAACUUCAUCGACGUCACGGACUGGCCUGCCUGGAGGGACGAGUUUGAAGACUACCUCUAUGCGUCCGGAACUCAAGAUAAACCAGGAGAAGUUAAGGUCAGGACAUUGCUUUACUGCAUGGGAAGAAAAGCGCGUGAAAUCUUACGAACCUUCAACCUAUCUGAGGAAGAGACAAAAGAUUACGGGAUUGUGCUGGAAAAGUUCAAUGCACAUUUUACUCAUUCACGAAACACUGUUUACGAGACUGCAAACUUCAGCCGACGGCAGCAGAAUCUUGGCGAAACCGCAGACGCGUACCUCGUAGAGCUGCACAAGUUGGCAGAAAAAUGUGACUUUGGCCUAACGAAAGAGCGGAUGAUACGAGACAGGUUCGUUGUUGGCAUAAUAGAUACUAAGCUGUCACAGUCGCUUCAAAUGGAUUCGUCUUUAACCCUUCAAUCGGCCCUAACGAAGGCCCGCCUAAAAGAAGCGGUUGUGAAGCAGCAAAGCGAGUUGGGGAAAAAAGACCUGGUUGCCGACACCGUGGGCUGUGACUGCAGAUGUUCAAAGCCAGCCCUUACUGAAGAAUUCGCAACAGAUCUUGUUAGCCGUCAGGAGAAGAGAGAUCGCCGCGGCGUUGACUCACGCCAUUCAUGCGCCCACUGCGGAUAUCGGCACCCACAAAGGCCCUGUCCCGCACGCAACAAAGAAUGUUUAAAAUGCUGCAGAGUCGGUCAUUUUGCAAAAAUGUGCCAUACUAGCCUCCCACAGUGGGGAAAACCGGGACCCAGAGACUAUCGCAGGAAUUUUGUAUCCGAGGUCACACUGCCCGAGAAUGAUUUCUUCCUCGGUACGGUAGCAAUGCAGACUCCAGCUCCCGUAACCAGAGAAGUAGAAGUCAGAGUCAAUGAUGUUCCUCUGCUAGCAAAGAUUGAUUCUGGCGCUGACGUCACUGUUGUCGGGUCUGGAUUCCCAGGGUUGCCAGACCUUCUUCAACCGCCAGAGACACUGAAAGGACCAAGUGGAACUACGCUCGACGUUCUUGGGAAGUUCAGAGCAGUAAUCCAAUGGAAAAAGAAGACUACGUCCCAAAUGGUAUAUGUCGUGCACGGUCUAAGAAAGCCCCUCUUGGGGUUGCCAGCAUUACUUGACUUAGAGAUCAUACGUUUUUUGAACGAAGUGGAAGUCGGAGAAGAUCACUGGUCUACUCGCAAGUUCCCCGAGCUGUUCCGAAGUCUAGGCAAAAUUCCCGGGGAAUACGUCAUUCGAUUACAAAAAAACUGUACGCCGUUUGCCAUAGCCGCCCCACGUCGCGUUCCUUUCGCCAUGCGCACUUCAGUUAAGACAGAGCUCGACAAUAUGGAGAAACAAGGUGUUAUACGUAAAAUACACACUCCGACAGAUUGGUGUGCACCAAUCGUUCUUGUGAAGAAGCCUUCGGGGAAAAUCAGGAUCUGUGUUGAUUUGACGAAGCUCAACGAAUGCGUUAAGCGAGAAAGGUUGAUCUUGCCAACCGUAGAAGAGGUCUUGGGCAGCAUUGGCCCCGCCAGGUUUUUCACGAAGCUGGAUGCUAAUUCCGGGUUUUAUCAGAUUAUGCUCUCAGAAAAGAGUCAAGAGCUCACAACUUUCAUAACGCCGUUCGGACGUUAUUGUUUCCAACGCCUUCCCUUCGGGAUCACUUCAGCACCAGAGGUGUUUCAAAGGAAAAUUGCGCAAGUGCUUGACGACUUACCAGGAGUCCUGAACUUAAUGGAUGACAUCCUUAUUUAUGGAGACAACAGAGAAGAACACGACCGGAGACUAAAUGCAGUCUUACAGCGCCUGUGUGACAAUAACGUCACCCUGAAUCUCGAGAAAUGCAAAUUCUUUGUGGAGAAGAUUUCGUUCUUGGGAGUUCUCAUUGACCAGCACGGAAUUUACCCGGACCCCAGAAGAGUAGAAGCGUUGACAGCUCUAGAACCUCCUCAAAACGUUUCGGACUUGCGUCGUAUUCUAGGGAUGUUCAACCAUGUUGGAAGGUUCAUCCCUAACAUGUCAACAUUAUCAGCACCUCUGCGCGAACUUCUUGUGAAGAACGUUGACUGGUAUUGGGGAAACGGCCAACAGGAUGCUUUUCAACGUCUAAAGGCAUCCAUCUCAUCUGGAAUUUGUAUGGCCAAGUACAACCCUAAUCUCCAGACGAUACUGUCAGCAGAUGCCUCAUCCUACGGGCUUUGA